AUGAAUCCCGCCACGCUGUCAUCGGUUGGCUUCGAUUUCGGAGCCUCUGGCAGUCAGCCAGAAGCAAAUGAUCAUCUUCAGAGGCUGGCCGCAAUGACCCAAGGAGUAGGUAAAGACGAUAAUGAUCAAACAGCUGCUCCAUCUACGGAUGCCGCCUUAUACACAGGUGCAGCCGCUUAUAUGCCUGGCUAUGCCGGUUGGCCUAACUAUUAUCAGCAAUUUGGACAGCCUUUAGCUCCUGCAGCGUUCUCUGCUUGGCCUCCGCAAUGCUAUGCUGCUCCACAUUGGCCUAACUAUGCUGCGUCGAAAAAGGGCAGGCAGACGUACCAACGAUACCAGACGAGCGUGCUCGAGCAGAAAUUCCAGCAGUCCAGUUAUGUGAGCAAGAAGCAACGCGAAGAAUUACGGCUACAGACAAACCUUACCGAUCGGCAAAUCAAAAUCUGGUUUCAAAAUCGACGGAUGAAAGCCAAAAAGGAAAAACAACGGAUAGACGAUCAUGGCGAGCAUGCACCACUUCUACCAGCCAAUCCUCCCAAAACUCUUCUAGAAGAUGACGAUAAGAAAUGGCAUAUGGGUGCAACGCAACAGGCUGCCGCUUGGCCUCCUGCACCUCCGCAUCCCUAUCAGUAUCCAUUAUGUCCACCUUUAGUUUCGGACGCCUGUAAGAAACGCGGAAGGCAGACGUAUACCCGACAGCAGACGCUUGAACUCGAAAAGGAGUUCCACUACAACAAAUACCUCACACGAAGGCGACGAAUCGAAUUGAACCGGAGUUUGGGACUUUCCGAACGUCAAAUCAAGAUCUGGUUCCAAAACCGUCGAAUGAAGCAGAAAAAGGAGAACAAAUCACAAAACGAGCAACGAAGUGAUUGCGCCUAG